GCGCGCGCGGUGUCUGGCCGGGUGCGCGCGCGCGCCGCUGCCCGCUUGCUUGCCUGCUAAAGGCUUUUCUGAGGGUUUGACCAGCGAGCGGGAGCCAAGAAGCUGGAUCCCAUAUCAAGUAGAGAGCAUCGCGGAAACUGAGGAGCGAGUAGGAACGCAGUGGGUCCUCCACAAGACUUGGGGCUCAAGAGAUUAUUUGUCUUUAUUCAGAAGCAUAGAGUUGUUUGCUGAUUGCAAGAAGAUGUUUCUUUGGCUCUUUCUGAUUGUGUCAGCCCUGAUUUCUUCAACAAAUGCAGAUUCUGACAUAUCAGUGGAAAUUUGCAAUGUGUGUUCCUGCGUGUCAGUAGAGAAUGUGCUCUAUGUGAACUGUGAGAAGGUUUCAGUCUACAGGCCAAACCAGCUGAAACCACCUUGGUCUAAUUUUUAUCAUCUCAAUUUCCAAAACAAUUUUUUAAAUAUUCUCUAUCCGAAUACAUUUGUGAAUUUUUCUCAUGCAGUAUCUCUGCAUCUGGGAAAUAAUAAGCUGCAGAACAUUGAGGGAGGAGCCUUUCUUGGGCUCAGUGCAUUAAAGCAGUUGCACUUGAACAACAAUGAAUUAAAGAUUCUCCGAGCUGACACUUUCCUUGGCAUAGAGAACUUGGAGUAUCUCCAGGCAGACUACAAUUUAAUCAAGUAUAUUGAACGAGGAGCCUUCAAUAAGCUCCACAAACUGAAAGUUCUCAUUCUUAAUGACAAUCUGAUUUCAUUCCUUCCUGAUAAUAUUUUUCGAUUCGCAUCUUUAACCCACCUGGAUAUACGAGGAAACAGAAUCCAGAAACUUCCCUAUAUUGGAGUUCUAGAACACAUUGGCCGGGUGGUUGAGUUGCAGCUGGAAGAUAAUCCUUGGAACUGUAGCUGUGAUUUAUUGCCUCUAAAGGCUUGGUUGGAGAAUAUGCCAUAUAACAUUUACAUAGGCGAAGCUAUUUGUGAAACUCCCAGUGACUUAUAUGGAAGGCUUUUAAAGGAAACCAACAAGCAAGAACUAUGCCCCAUGGGCACAGGGAGUGACUUUGACGUACGCAUUCUGCCUCCAUCUCAGGAGAAUGGCUUUACCACUCCCAAUGGUCACACUACUCAGACAAUCUUGCACAGAUUAGUGACCAAACCACCCAAAACAACAAAUCCUUCUAAAAUCUCUGGAAUUGUGGCAGGUAAAGCACUCUCUAACAGAAAUCUCAGUCAGAUUGUGUCGUACCAAACAAGAGUGCCUCCUCUUACACCUUGCCCAGCACCUUGCUUUUGCAAAACACAUCCUUCUGAUUUGGGAUUGAGUGUGAAUUGCCAAGAGAAAAAUAUACAGUCCAUGUCUGAAUUGACACCAAAACCUUUAAAUGCCAAGAAGCUGCAUGUCAAUGGUAAUAACAUCAAAGAUGUGGACAUUUCAGACUUCACUGAGUUUGAAGGACUGGAUUUGCUCCACUUAGGCAGCAAUCAGAUUACGGUGAUCAAAGGAGAAGUAUUCCACAACCUUACUAAUCUGCGCAGGCUUUAUCUCAAUGGCAAUCAGAUUGAAAGGCUAGACCCUGAAAUAUUCUCAGGCCUUCAUAACUUGCAGUAUCUGUAUUUGGAGUACAACUUGAUUAAGGAAAUUUUAGCAGGCACCUUUGACUCCAUGCCAAAUUUGCAGCUACUGUACUUGAACAAUAAUCUGUUAAAGAGCCUGCCAGUUUAUAUCUUUUCUGGAGCACCACUCGCUAGACUGAACCUGAGAAACAACAAAUUCAUGUACCUACCCGUCAGUGGAGUUCUUGAUCAGUUGCAGUCUCUUACACAAAUUGACUUGGAGGGCAACCCUUGGGACUGCACUUGUGACUUGGUAGCAUUAAAGUUAUGGCUGGAAAAGUUAAAUGAUGGGAUUGUUGUGAAAGAACUGAAAUGUGAGACUCCUGUUCAGUUUGCCAACAUCGAAUUGAAGUCCCUCAAAAAUGAAAUCUUAUGUCCUAAACUCUUAAACAAGCCAUCAGCACCAUUCACAAGCCCUGCACCUGCAAUUACGUUCACCACUCCGUUGGGUCCUAUUCGAAGUCCUCCUGGAGGCCCAGUGCCUCUGUCUAUUUUAAUCUUAAGUAUUCUGGUGGUCCUCAUUUUAACUGUCUUUGUUGCAUUUUGCCUUCUUGUUUUUGUGCUGAGACGCAACAAGAAACCCACAGUGAAGCACGAAGGUCUGGGGAAUCCUGAGUGUGGCUCCAUGCAGCUGCAACUAAGGAAACAUGACCACAAAACCAAUAGAAAAGACGGACUGAGCGCAGAAGCAUUCAUUCCACAAACCAUUGAACAGAUGAGCAAGAAUCACACCUGUGGUCUGAAAGAGUCCGAAACUGGGUUCAUGUUUUCAGAUCCUCCGGGACAGAAAGUCGUGAUGAGAAAUGCUGCUGACAAAGACAAAGAUUUAUUGCAUGUGGAUACCAGAAAAAGACUGAGCACAAUUGAUGAGCUGGAUGAACUAUUCCCUAGCAGAGAUUCCAAUGUGUUUAUUCAGAAUUUUCUUGAAAGCAAAAAGGAGUAUAACAGCAUUGGUGUCAGUGGCUUUGAGAUUCGCUAUCCUGAAAAACAACAAGAUAAAAAAAACAAGAAGUCACUGAUAGGUGGUAACCACAGUAAAAUUGUCGUGGAACAAAGGAAGAGUGAGUAUUUUGAACUGAAGGCAAAACUUCAGAGUUCCCCCGACUACCUACAGGUCCUUGAGGAGCAAACAGCUUUGAACAAGAUAUAGGUCAUGUAAUCUGACUUCAUACAGAGGACAAUAUUUAAUGAUGAAAGUGCCUUUUGUUGACUUCUAACUUCUAAAUACUAUGUUAUCAUUAGGCAUAGAGGCAGGUGUUUCCAAGGGUAUCUCAUUAACUGUAGCUGUAAAGAUGUGUCAAGUAGAAGAGAAUUCCCUUAAUAGAUUUUACUACAUAAAACCUAUACUGUGGAAUACUGUGGGGAUACUGCAAACUCUAUUGCCAAAGGGAUGCUUUAUAAACAUAAUACACUGAAUUUAACCUCAAGAGGCAAAUCAGUUUUGUAUCCUGAUGCAAAACCUUCGUCUCUUUGUGCUUUGUAAAGCAAACUCAAGAAAACUGGUACGAGUGUUUGUACCUCAGCUGGGUCCUUCAUCUUGCACGUAGAUUAAGUUGGUGAAACUGGAAUAACCCUUUUGAUUUGUGGAAUUGUAACAACUCUGUGUAAAGAUUACCUGAAAAGUGUAAAAAAAACAAAUAAGCAUGCAAAGAGAGAACAUUUGAUAGUAUUUGUAAAUCAGUAAAAUUUAUGGCCUGCAUCUUGAAAUCGCUGGAUUUAUAAUGUUAAAUUGUGCAAAUACUUGUUUAAAAUAUACCAUGCAUUACAUAAUUAUAAAAUAAAUUUGAACACUUUAAGUAUUACUUGUCUAUACAUAAAAACCUAAAGGAGAAAAAAAUCAAUGUGAGUUACAUAGCAUUUGUGGUGAUCUAGAGAAAAACAUGAUGUUUAUCAGAAUUAAACAUGGCUCAAAUUAAACUAGAGUUUGUUCUCAGUUAUGUCAAAUACCCACAAUCCUUAAAGGUUGUCCAAAAUUAGCAAGUGCUUACCGUGUGAGCGCACCCAAAGCUAUUUUUGUAACAUAAUUCAUAUUUAUGAAGUACUUUGUAUACUAAAUAGGAAAACAUGUACUCCUUAAUAUGUAUUUAAUAUGCUUGACUUACUCUCCUGAUCACAGCAAAUUUAUCAGUAAGUAUAAA